AGUGCGCGUUGGCGGGCCGAGCGAGGCCGCCUCAUGAGGCUCAGCACCCCGGCCAGCCCUGGGCAGCAGGCGGUGGGAACUGAGUGAGUGGGACGCCCGACCACCUGCCGAGGACAGCCUGGUGUCGAAUGUCAGCUGCCGGUGUUUGAUGGACAGAUGGCGCCUGAUUGGGAGGGAAGUGCAUACGCACCAGGUGGGAUCGAAAGUAAGACCUCGCAGCCCCGGAGAGAAGCUUCGUGGGAAGAACAGAGGAAACCACCUUAGAGGAGGUCGACUUCUGUGCUGCACUGAGCCUGGAAGAUUGUGUUUUAUCACCUAAGUUCGGGAGAGUGUGUGACACCACCUAUGGGCAUUUAUGGCCGCAGUGUGUUUAAGAGAAUCGCGCCUUAGCUUUUCUGCAGCUGGAAGGAGUCACUUAACGGGAGCAGCGCUACGACAGAAAUGUAUCUUAUGCAGUUGAUGCAAACACAUCAAAGAAUGAAGCAUAAGCCACUGAAGACAGUGUCUAACAGUGACGUGUAGUGUUCGCUUUAGUAGGAAGAAAUGAAUGCUCCUCAGUGGACUGAAAACAGUCCCUGGAUAUGCUGGGCUCCAGUGGAGGGAUUUAAAAUUAACAGCCUAACCACUUAAUCUAAACCCCUCCCUUGGUUGCUAGUGUUAUCGCAAAGAUUUAACGCCUUUCCAAGUGUUCUGAUCACAGAUAUCCCUGUCCCCUGCUGUCUUAGCAGCUGCCCUGAUUUACAUAUUCAUAGUUGGGCUCUUGUCUGUUUUGCCACCAUUUUAACCUCACUCCUAGGACAGUUCCUGGCAUACAGUAGGCAUUCAAAUAGGGAUGCUGUGAACCCUGUGCCCAAAUUCCAAUAUUUGGAAUUCCUGUGGCAGCGGUUUUCAUACAAGACCAAAUUAUCUCAUUGAAAUGAGCUUUUAAAUGACCAAUUUGUUAAUGGUGUCCUUUUUCGUAGGGAAAAAAUAUCUACCUUAAAAAAAAGAAGAAGAAAACCUACUCUAUCAACAUUUAGAAAACCAAAUCAACAACUUUAGGUUAGAUUAACCAAUCCUCAAUUAUUGGAAAUAGUAAGUUUUAGAGUAAAAGAGAAAGGCGUCAUCAGAAGAGCUUCAUUUACAGUCAGCCAAAAUUCUAAAGAGCAUGGAUAUGGAUUCACAGUGCACACCCGGAAAGAUCAGUAUUUCUGAAAGGUCCAUCCUUCCAGGAGCAAAGGCUGUUGAGAACGUGGAUUACCCGCACUACUGCGAUCUCUUAAGAAAAAUGAACAUGCCUUUUGUGAAAGGCGUCGAGGACAGACAUGACCAUGGCAGAAUUGAAAAGAAAUGCAAUCCUACUUUUCUUAAGUUUCACCCUUAUCCCCCUUCAGUCAUGCCAGACUAUCAUUUACACUAUCCUUAUCCCCCGCCAUAUGGGCAAGAUUAUCCACUAUUUCCACUUCGGGAUGAUGUGCCCUUGGGUGAUCCCUGUUCAGGGUUUUUGAGUCCUGGUGGUGAUGCUGAUUUAAAACCUGGCAUUGGCAGAACCAUACCAAACCUGGUGGAUUUCAGUGACGUGAAACCGCAGCAUCGAGUUCCCAGGCCAGACACAGGAUUUCAAACAACACUGAAAAGGCAAACAAUUUUAAUAGAAGAACUAAAACAAGACAGGAGAUGGGAUUCCAGGGCAACACCGGACAUUUCCAUCAGAGCAAGACUUGGAGGUUGGACAAGCCCACUGAAAGUUACUCCUUUACCACCUCGUCACGAAGCGUGCUCAAUAAAUCACACAUAUGUAUUUGACGAAGAACCAACAUGCACGGAGGAUGGAGAAUCACUUUUACAGCCAAACAGGAAAUAUAACGCGAAGGACUCAUUUUACAAGUCCUCGACACAAAAAGCUUAUGAAGUUGUUCCUUGGGAUAAGAUGCUACCACCGAAACUCGAUCCAGAAAAAACAACAGUGGAAAAAGCUGCUGACCCGAUUUCACAGUGCUUUACACGGAAAAGAUAUGAAGGGGUACCAGCAAUAACCCAGAUGGUUGGUGGACUCUGGGACAGAUUUCAAACAAGAUCUUUCUUGGCACCCAUCAAGCCAGUGACUUUUGUGAGUCCAAGUUCCAGAAGCAAAUACAUCCCUCUUUAUACGGGUUGUGUGCAGUCUACAAAUGCCGAUGAUGUUGACAACCCCUUUGGAGACAUCACAUCUCUCGCCAAGCCUCGGGGCUCCAGGAUUCUUUAUACAAACACAAGUCGCUCUGCCAAUAUUCCAGGAUACACCGGUAAGGUUCAUUUCACAGCCAGCCACCCAGCAAAUUCUGAUAUUCCAUCAACGGCCCCAUCGCCAGACUCAGAAGUGUACCGCUUUGCACACACACGACCCUCCUGCAUCGACACCGGAACACGCCUGGGUGCAUGGAACACACCCCGUGAGACGCACGUUCGCUUCCCCCGAAUCGCUGCCUUCUGUUUCAGAAGAGACAACAUUCUGUUGAAAGUCGACAUAUGGUUUUAAACACCGUUUCGCAAAUUGAAAGCCGGAGACGUUAGAUGGAAGGUUAUCGCUGACCCUGUCGUUCAGAGCUGCCCGAGAGGAGCUGCGCGCUGCUGCUAGUUAUGACUCAAAUUUGAAAACAUUUGAUGGAAGUCCCGGCCUCGCAAACAGGAUGACGGUUUUGAAAAAUGCAAACUCAGAGGUCUUAACCAGGUCCAGUCGCUGGCUCCCGCAAAGAAAUAAACUACCCCAGUAGGUCCCUGUGCGCCCUGGAGGCGGAGGGAGGCGGUGCUCCCUCGCUACCCCCCAGAGGGUGCCUUUUCUCCUUUUGGUCUUAGCAAACAUUUAUUGGGCAUCUGCUCUGGCCCCAGGCGCUGUUCGAGGCACUGAGCGCAUGGGCUGAACAGACACGAGGCUGGCUUUCAGGACCUUAUGUGCCGGUGUGACCGACGGAGGGCACAGAUGCCCACAAGUCACUGAGGGAAUAAGAUGAGUUCAGCGAGUGCAGUGAAGGAGAAAAGGCGGGGAGACGCCGUAGCCAUGCCAGGACAGGGUGCUGAUUUAGCUCGGCGGUCAGAGAGGGCUUUCUGAGGAGGUGACCCUCAGGUGGGAGUCUUCCUGGGUUUCUUACCUGUUCUGAAAGGCAGCAAGGGUAAAGGGACUCCUGGGCCCAGGUGGGCCGUUGGUAUGGCUGUGUGCUAGUCCCCAGGAAGUCACAGGAGUUAGACCCAGUUUGCAUGGAGCUCACGGGCUAGCGGUGAGCAAGAAACACACCGCUGGAGUCCGAGGAUGACAAGUGUCACCACAGUCGUGUCCCUGACGUGGGUGAGCUCUUCCUCUCCACCGGGCUACCCAAGUGCUUUGUGCUUAACUGACCCACCUCCCCAACCCAGAAAGCCUGUGGGGAAGAUGCUCUUGUUUUCCCGUUUUACGGGUGAGGAAAGGGAGGCAGACACAAGGUUCUAGGCGAAUUCUAGGAAGGCUUCAUGGAGGAAGGGUUACUUUGGACGAGGGCCCUUGGUCUCAUAGAUAUUUGGGGGGGCAGGCUGCGUGUGGCAAGGCUGGCUUCCUCCAGGGAUCCCACACACGAAGGCCCUCACUACACAACCAUGGACCACAGGAGAGCCUCGUGUGGCCCUGUGUCUGAGGCACCCAGAUCAUUCCACACCCUGUGCACAGGACCCAGUUCCUCAGGCAGGGACCAAGUGGGGGACGUGCCUGCUGACACAGGGCUUCCUCAACUGAUCUAAAUUCUGGGUUUGCUGAUUGCUUAGGCUCUGGGCCAUCUGACGAGAUGCAUUUUGAAGGAGGACAUUGGCUUUCUAGGCUAGUGUUUUGCAUCCAACCAGUUUUCUCUCAAGACACAUUUUCAAAGGUCACAGGUCCAGUUGCAAAGGCAGGACUGACAGAAAUUGAGACAAUUAGUGUAAUUUUAUUUCACUGAAGGGCCCAAGGAAGCAAUGGCACAAUUAAAUGCAUCCUAAUGUCUGUCGUGAAGACGUAGCUCCCAGAAGGCUGGAAAAAUACACCGUGUCUGAGCGGUUAAUGACGGAGGAGAGGCCCGAUGAUGUUUUCCCAGGGCAAUGCCAACCUUCCUCAUCUCUGGCCUUCUUCCUUCAGGAUCCACCUUCUCUCCCCAAACGUCUCGGGCCGCAUCCCUGAUGCCCUGUUGGUAUAGCAUGUUUCCACAGCCCCAGGAUCUAGCUGUCCAGUGUUCUACUAUGUCCCAAAGAAGUCUGUAUUUCUUUUUUUAUUUUUUUUAAAUGUUUAUUUACCAUUGAGAGACAGAGAGACACCGAGCAGGAGCAGGGGAGGG